AUGCAACCCUGGAAAAUGCCAACCUCAGAUGUAGAGGUCAUCAGCACAAUCCAAGGAGUAAAAUCUCUCGCCGAUGGUAUCGCAGUUCUCAACGCCUCCCAGAGAAACAGUCUCCCAUUACUGUACAUCGACAUUGAGCAAAAGAGUCUCGGCGGAAAUGGAGAACUCAACCUGUUGACGAUCCUGCUGUGCUAUGGGACAGAUUUUCGCCGACGAUUAUACCUUGUUGAUAUCAACGUCCUCGCGAAUCAGGCAUUCUCCACGCGAGGAUAUUACGGCGCCAGUUUACGAAGCAUCCUCAAUUCUCCAUCCUACCAGAAAGUCUUCUUUGGCGCGCGUCAUUCCUCUCAUAUUUUAUACGGCCAGUAUGGUAUAAAGUUGCAGAGUGUUCAUGACCUACAACUCAUGGAGAACGCUUGUCGGUCAAAGGUAGACAAGAGAGAGCAUUUGCAAACGUUCGAACCGUUGAUUCAGAAGUUACUCGUCCACGGCAAAUCCCGAAGAAGAUGGUUCGUAGACAAGUUCAACGGAGAGUGGCUGUACAGACACGGCCCUGGAGCACCGCAUAGAGUCUUUCAAAAACGCCCGGUUGUCGCGUACAUUCGACUAUACUGCUGCAGAAAUGUCCGAUUCAUGCCGGAGCUGUAUUCGAAGAUCUGUCGUACGACACCUCUGAUUAUGGAUCUCGUGGCUCAAGAGUCGCAGAACCGAGUUGAUGAGAGUCAGAAGGAGGAGUAUAACCCUUUUGCUUCUGGGCGGUUGACAAAUCCUUGGACUGCUGAGGAGAAUAAGAAGCUUGAUUGUUGGGCGGAGAUGAAUCCUGAUUUUUUCGAUUUGAGAUUGGGCAAUGGUGUUCUGUGA